AUGAGAAUUGUACUUUGUGAUACCAACAAAACUGUUUGUUCUCUAUGGAGAAAGAUGCUGCCAAAGUCCCUUUUGGACAAAGGGAAAGUAGAGGUUCACAACACAACUUUUGAAGCAUUAGCUCAUAAAUUAUAUAAAACCAAUGUCAAUCAAUUAUCAAAGGAGGGGACUAGACCAUAUUGUUCUCCUGAAAAAUGUGUUGUUGUAUCACCAGGGAAUUCGUUUGGGUACCUUGGAGGAGGAUUUGAUUUAGCCCUUUGUGAGUAUUAUGGAGGUAAACCCUUUGAAACAUGGUUUAGAUCGAAAUUAAACAAUGAAUAUUAUCCUAUAGGAUCAUCUACUUUAAUAGAUGCCUAUGAUUAUUUCUUACCAGAAUCAAGUGACAAGAUAAGGCAUAUAUUACAUGUUCCAACGAUAGUUGCUCCCUCGCAUUCAAGUUUUAUGAAAGCAGAACCUUUAAGAUCAGGAUAUGAGCCAGUUUUUAAUGCAACUUGGAAUUCACUCAGGUCUUUUCCAUCCUGUUGUGAUACAAUAAUAAUGUCUGGAUUAUAUACUGGAUACGCAGGGGUCCCAGCUGAAGUCAGUUGUAAAAGCAUGUCAUUUGCGAUCACAUUGUACCAUUUAUGUGAAAUUUUACCAAAAGAUGUGGUAAACCUUUUGACAAUGUACUACUUAGGUUAUCCAUUUGAAGAUUUUUUCCUUCAUACAGCAAGCGAACAAUUGGAGUUGUUGGGAAUAGAUAAGGAACAGCUUAUCGCAUUCGAUGUCACCAGAGACUUUAUAGAUGCCAUUAUUCCAUCGCAUCUUCUAGACUCUCUCUAA